GCGCGCACGGCGCGCGGCGGGGCGGGGGCGUGCACGCCGUUGCCAAGCGGCGAAUUCCGGCCGCCGUAGCUCAAGCCAAAAGGAAGGAGAAACAUACUAAAAUGUCACCUGAAGUGGCCUUGAACAGAAUUUCUCCAGCACUUUCGCCCUUCAUUUCCAGUGUGGUCAGAAAUGGAAAAGUAGGACUAGAUGCUACUAAUUGUUUACGGAUUACAGACUUGAAGUCUGGCUGCACAUCAUUGACCCCAGGACCCAGCUGCGAUCGUUUUAAGCUACAUAUCCCUUAUGCGGGAGAAACACUCAAAUGGGAUAUUAUUUUUAAUGCUCACUAUCCUGACCUGCCACCAGAUUUUAUCUUUGGAGAGGAUGCUGAGUUUUUGCCAGAUCCUUCUGCCUUGCAUAGAGGGUCUGAGGAGUUGAAGCUUGUUCACACUGCCACCAAGAAUUUAGCUUCCUGGAAUCCUUCAAACCCUGAAUGCCUUCUGCUUGUUGUGAAAGAGCUUGUGCAGCAGUAUCACCAAUUUCAGUGCAGCCGAUUACGGGAGAGCUCUCGUCUCAUGUUUGAGUAUCAGACUUUACUUGAAGAGCCCCAGUAUGGAGAAAACAUGGAAAUCUAUGCUGGCAAAAAAAACAACUGGACUGGAGAAUUCUCAGCUCGCUUCCUCUUGAAGUUGCCUGUUGAUUUCAGCAAUAUUCCUACAUACCUUCUCAAGGAUGUGAAUGAAGACCCUGGAGAAGAUGUUGCACUUCUCUCCGUUAGUUUUGAGGACACAGAAGCUACUCAGGUUUUUCCUAAGCUGUUCCUCUCCCCACGUAUUGAACAUGCCCUUGGAGGAUCAUCUGCCCUUCACAUCCCAGUCUUUCCUGGUGGAGGUUGUCUCAUCGACUAUGUACCCCAAGUAUGCCAGCUGCUAACAAACAAGGUACAAUAUGUUAUUCAGGGAUACCAUAAGAGAAGAGAGUACAUUGCAGCUUUCCUGAGUCACUUUGGAACUGGUGUAGUGGAAUAUGAUGCAGAAGGAUUCACAAAGCUUACUCUGUUGCUGAUGUGGAAAGAUUUUUGCUUCCUUGUUCACAUUGACCUACCCCUGUACUUUCCUCGAGAUCAACCAACCCUAACAUUUCAGUCCGUCUACCACUUCACUAACAGUGGCCAGCUGUACUCCCAGGCCCAGAAGAAUUACCCAUACAGCCCCCGAUGGGAUGGCAAUGAAAUGGCCAAGAGAGCAAAGACAUAUUUCAAGACAUUUGUCCCUCAGUUCCAGGAGGCAGCAUUUGCUAAUGGGAAGCUUUAGACAGCUUUGGGCAUGGAAACUAUACUGGACAGAUCCUUCAGUCUGCACAUGUCAGUCCAGAAGAAGAAUGCUUGGAAAUGGGUUGGACUGUCUUGAAUAGGUGCUUUCUUGCCUCUGAACUGGUUUUGGUAGCUUCAGUUUCUGAAACAAAGACCUCACUAGCAUGCUUAGAACUAAAUAUUUAGUACUAGUCCUGCCCUUUUGCCUCUGCCACCACCAUAUAUAUAUCACCAUCACUAUCUAUCACUUUAUAUAUCUAUUAUAUUAAAUUUAAAAGGGUAUGUAUUGAUAUGUUAACACUUUCUUGUGCCAACAAUGUCCUGUCUGUUAUGCCUUGUUUCCUUGUCUUCAGAUGGUCUAAAAGGGAUUGUUUUUCCCCAUGGAAAUAUGACAUUAUGUGUGUAUUUAGUUAACAUUUUCAGCUUAUCCUAAGAAAACAUAAAACUGCCGUAUGUACCAGGAAUGCUUAAUGGAUGUACAGUGCCACGUUCUGCCUUGGAGGUUUGUGUCUCACUUGGUUGUUACUCUCACAGGUAUGGAUAUGAGUUGCACACUUCAAUUCCCAGUGCCUUUCCAGUUGGUCUGAAGUUAAUAUGGCAGGGUGUUAAAGGUUUGGUGGUUUUUCUAAUACUUCUGUUGAAAGCUCAUAUUAUGUGAAAUGUUAGGCUUUUAUGCUUUGUUUUUAUCUCCAGUUGUACAGUUUUGGUGUUUUCCUAAUGAGUGCCCCUUGCCAUUACAAAAAAAGUUCUACUUCUUUAGUACCAGUAUGCAAGUAACUAGUAAUUAAACCAGAAUAACAAAAUAAAACUCUUUCAUAAACCUGUAAUUUUUCCAAAUAAGGUAAAUACUGCUAAGAAGCAAACUUUCAACAAAGGGAUGAAUGAUGUCUUGGAAAACAGCUGAUGAAAUAAUGUAGGGCUAUAGAUAUUUAGCUUAAUGCUUAAGUUGAGCAUAUCUUCUCAGAAAAUAUUUUCAAGUGUAUAUAACUGGAAACAUUACCUCCGCUAAUUCUGAAAUGCCAAAUGCAAAAUCCCACCUAUUCAUCCUUCCUUUCCUGCUUCUGUCAGGCACAUCAGUUGGGAUUAAUGUUCACAAUGUCACUUCCCCAAUUAAUUUUUGAAUAGACCAAGGUACUUUCCAGUAAGGAAUAAAAUUAACAGAGCAUGUUGCUUAUAAAUGGUAUCUGGAAAAUGUGCUCUACUUCUGCUAAAUACAAGGAACUAAAUGAAUAAUAUACAGAUGAUACAGUGGAACUGGAAAAUAUUUAAUUUUAAAUUAUUCACUACAGCAUCGCAUGCAAGGAAGUCUUGUAAAACUUGAUUGGCAGUGUUCUCCUACCCUUUCUAACUUAUUUUGCAUGAAAAAUAGUGCUUUUCAGGGUUUAUGUUCACCUAGGAAAUACAGAUCAGUUUUGAGUAGUGGAGCUUAAUAAUUCACCUCUAGAAACUACAAGUAUUUUAGCUAGUUUGUGGGCAAAAUUUAAUUUAUGUUUAAUACUGAAAUUCUUGGCAGAAAAUUAAGCUGCAGACAAAAUCAGAAGCUUUAUUGUAAGCCUGCAGAGAAGGCAUAUUCUAUCCUGUGAUCCAGCUCUUUGUGAUUCUCUGUGCAUUACCUAAGAUCUGUCAACAGUUUCAAAGGUCUGAGCCUGAAUUCCCUCUGUGGAGAUAUUGCAUGAGGCUUUUGCAUGCUUAGAGCACAUGUGGAAGGUAAUGGUUUUAUGUGGAUAGUAAAAUCAUAACUGAACAACAUCAAGUGACUAAGAACAAAAUAUUGUUUAGUAUACUGGGAUGGUCUCACUUCUACAUUUCUUCAGGUAAAAGCCAAAGCCACAGAUGCAUAUUCAAGAAUACGCCAACCUUGUGAAUGGGGUAGGAGAAGGAGGAUGGCUAAUGAAAAUCUUUUGUUCUCAUAGUGUUCAAAAUCUGAUAGAAACAAUCUCUAGCCAUCUUCAAAAAGUAUAAACCAAACCCUUAAAUUGCAUCAGUACAUUCAUGGAAUCUUAAAUUUUGUAACUUUGUCUUUGAUUCAGUGUUGUACUGAUUGCACCAGGAACACAGUGCUUUAUAUACCUGAUUGUCCAAGUGGCACCAGUUAUUUAUUUUUUUUUUUUAUCUUUUCGGAAGUUAUAAUUUAAAGGAUAGCAAUUGCAAAAUAGUUUGAAAAGAGGCCCAGUCUUCAGAAUUUAGAUUUAUUCUCAACCAAAAAUGCAGCCUUCACCUCAGUCCUAGUAAUUCUGAACCAUGUACUGCUUUAUUAUUAAAUAGUUUUAGAAGCCAUGUAAGAAAAUACUUUGAGGUUACUAAGAGCCUAAACCAGCAAUUAAUUGUGUUGAAUUCAAUAGUUUCACCAACUUUUCACUAACAUACAUAGAAACAAAUUAAUAGUUUCAGUCUAAUUUUAACGUCAUGGUACAAUUGGUAGUAUUUUGAAGAAAAAAAAGGUAGAAAAUAUGAAAAACUGUACUGUUUGUGUUUAAGAUAAGAAUAUCAAUUUUCAGAUUAGAAGAAAAGGCAUUUUUGUUACACUUAAUGAACAUUUUCUUUAUUUCAAAGUCACCCUUCACUCUUUGACUUACAUGGUAUUUUAUGGAUCCCUUUUUAAUAGUUCUCAAAAGUAUUGGGAGUGUUAGCUCUCCAGAUGGGGCAUUGAGAUGAGAAACACUGAAAUUAAUGGAUACCUCUCUCCAGGAGAAUUACCAUAUAAAUACUAUACCACAAGAGGGUUUGUUUGAAUAAUUUUAUAUCAAACCAAGUAUCCAUUGAAGGCAUUUAAGUUAGCCACAAAAGUUGGGAUCAAAUGAGUUGGAGUUAUUUCUGUUAUCUCCUGUUUUACUAUAAUUUCCAUUGUGGCCGUUUUAACAGCACCAAGACUCAGCACUUCCUUCCCUAUUAUGUGAUAUAUGCAAUUGAAGGGAGCAGUCAGACCUAGGCUAUUUUCCUUGGCUUGUAAGAACCACAAAAUAUAGGAGAAAAAUAGCAAUAUUGCAAACAUAUCAAAAAGCCUAAACUCUACACUGUCCUAGUUUGACUGAAAGAAUGCAGUAAGUCUUGAGUUACUAAACUCUGCUAAUGCAUGGUUUUCCAAAGAUCCUUAAAUCACAAACUUAAGAGUCAAGCCUUCAUUCAUCUGCAUACAUAAUCCACUGUCCUAGAAGUAAUACCAAAUCUUAUGGAUUCAAAGUCAGGUUUUUUAUGAACUUGCUGGAAAGACUGGACAAACAGCUGGAAGAAUAAAUAAAAGGUAACUAUA